UUUAAAUUAACAUGUGUAUGUGUGGGUUUAUGAAAAAAUGAAAAUGGACGGUCGCUAGUUUCUUUUUAGCACGUGAAGUUAUUUUUAUUUAUUUGCAUUAAAAACAAAUUGCCGUCAAACUGGGUGCCAAAACGGUGGAGAGAUUCCUGAGCCUGGCGGACAGCAAUUUUGUUGACGAUGUGAAUGACGACCUAAAAUGUUUUGUGGCCGAACAAAAAGUUGACAGUGUCCUGGUGUUCCCUCCAGUGAGCAACUACCGAAGGUUCCUCAUCCAUCGCUGUGUGGAAGACCUCGGUGUACUGGAUCUUGCUACGUUCUCCAUAGGAGUCAGCGACGAACGUCGUACUGUCGUUUGCUAUAAGGACAAAUUGCUAAGUGAUGAAGCUUGCGCCCGCCCUACUAUGGGACUGACACAUAUGGACCGUGAUAAUGCGCCCUUAUCAGGACAAGAUGCGGCGGGGGAGUGCCUGUCGACGCAGCGUGCCACUCAGGAAAAGAUCAGAUCUGGAUCAACGAAACCUCGACGUCCCGAUCGAGCUGUAUACGUCCCUAGGGCGUUGCGAACGGCCGAAACUAACCCGACCGAGGAGGCCAAACCAGAGCAGAUCCACCGGCGGAGCAGCCACAGUGCUGACCCAGCUAAGCGGCCAAAGUCCCCACAACCCCGCGACAAAUCCGCCGGUACCCCGCGAAAAUCCCUCGGAAAAAACUUCUGCAACGUAUACACUCCUCCCCACCUAAGGAAUCAAAGAUCUCACACAGCCCCCAGCAUAGACCAAGCUACGGCGAGUGAUACAAACGAAUCUGUGCCUUCAGCUUGCCAAGUGCCAAAUAGUGAUAGUGCAAUAUCUUAUAGUGAUAAUAGUUACGACGUAGAAGUAGGUGAGAAUUUUUAUAUAGGCGAUUAUUUCACCAAUGGACAGCUAGGGUUCUUCAGUCCGAAUUAUUACGGAGAGUUUACAGAACCCGAUCACGAUUGGAGGCCAAAUGAGCCUGACAUGAUGGCUGUACCAGCGAAUCAAAGCAAUAUUAUUGAUAAUGAUUAUUUAUAUAGCAAAGAUGAAGAUGUCGAAAAGAAGGAGUUGAAACGUGCGUCACAAGAAAUUAACAGGAGUAGUAAGAGAAUAAUAAAGCAGAGUUUUCAUUCUGAUGUGUUAAUCAUAUCAGAUCCUGUCGAAGAAGCGAAAAGUGAAAAUAAUGAUGUCCCGAUAGUACCUGAAGUUAAGGAGCCUGAAACGAAGAAAUUAAAGCCGAAAUUAGAAGCUAAGUUGUCUUUAAAAAGAGAAGAGAAUGAUUGGGACGCUGUGUUUGAUGACAGCGGAGAAUGUUUAGACCCCUCGCUUUUAGAGGAGCUAACAUCCACAGUUGGGAAGGUGCAUAUAAGUAAAGCUAAGAACAAUUACGAGCAAUACCAGACGAAGGGCCAAGCCCUGUUUAAUGGGCCAAUUGACGAAACGUUUGCCCAUGUAGUUGAAGUGUACGACUUUCCCAGUGAGUUCAAGACCAAUGAUUUGUUGUCAGUGUUCAGUGAAUACAAAGACACUGGUUUCGAGAUUAAGUGGGUGGACGACACGCACGCGUUGAUUGUCUUCAGCAGCGCUAAAAUUGCUUCAGAAGUGCUCUCAUCGCAGCGGCCUUUGGUGCGGUGUCGCCCCCUCCACGCAGCCACGUUAGAGUCGAGAAACAAGGCAAAGAAAUGCGCUGAGUACCUGCAACCCUAUAGACAGAGGCCAGAGACAUGCACAGCGUUGGCGCGGCGUUUGGUAUCCGGCGCUCUGGGGGUCAAACUGAGCACCGCUCGAGAGGAACGUGACGAAGAGAGAAGAAUUAUCACCAAAGCUAGAGAGAAAAAAAGACAGGCGGCACUUCACAAGGAGGCCGCGUGGGAUGGCUCGCUCGCCAACCAAUCGCUGGCAGACGCUUGAGUUGCCGACAUCGCCGACCGACCAUCGUAUACUAAGUUGAUUAGCUCUCAAAAUCUACGUAAAGUUACACUAUUUUUAAGCACAUAGAUAUUUUUCUAAACGAAUUCUAUUAAAUAUAGCACGCCCAAGAGGUUUUGGUCCUUCGUUCUGUGUCAUAGUGUAGUUUUAAUUCCGCGUAGAAUAAUUUCCUUAUUGUAAAGCUGUGGGCUUCCUGUCAAUUGACUGAUCUUAAUAUUCAUUUAUAUAGAUAUAUAUUUUCAAACACAUUUGAACUUAUUAAUUUAAUAGAAUAAAUAAUAAUGCAUGCAUAUGUAUAUCUAUAUUACUUUAAAAAAAAUCAUUAUGUUAUUUGAUUACCAUAAUGUCUUGAAGUGUCGCUUAUUAUUUUUGGGAUUUUCAAAAUAAAAAUACGGAGUUUUUAUGCAUAAACAUUUAAAACUAUAAUUCGAAAAACGAAAAUUAAAAAAAAAACAUUGCGUCAAUGCGGCACAAAGGAGGAUGGAUAGGAGCUUUAACACAUAACAAUAAGUAAUAUUAUUGGUAUUUAAAAUUUAAUAAUAUUACAUGACAUUGUGUUAUAUAAAAUAUGUAUUUCAAUUUAUUUAUUAAUUAAAGGCACAGGGGAGACCACGGCGGCACACAGUCACACUAUCAAAGAUUAUACAAAUAUGUAUUUUGACAUUAUUUUAUUAAUGUACAAUAAGAUAAUAAUGACAUACAAUGAUAAGACACACACACACAUAACAAAUAUACAUAAAUGUCAAUAUAUUACCAUUAAAUUUGAUUAUUUUCUUAUAUUCACUCGAUAUCUUCAAUUUGCUCACACUUCAUCAUUAUUUUUAACUUGCAAAUGUUAUCAGCUAAAUAAUGUGUUUAGCAUUAAGUCCAUUGUGCUUUAAAAUAAAAGAAAUUAAUGAAUAUUAUUUAUAUAUAUACAGAUAUAAUAAAUACUCAAUUGGAUAAACGAAACGCUUUACUUCGAAAUAUUAAUUACAUAUUUUUAUAUUAAAACUUAAAGAUUAAAAUAAA